AUGGACGACCUGCAGGCACGGCAUCGCAAGGAGCAGCGGGAUCUGCAGAGUCGUGUCACGCAGAAGAAGAAGCAGGCGAGCAAGAAGACGAGGAAAGCUGUCAAUGAUGAGUGUGACGGCCUUGAGAGGGAUCUGAAAGAGAAGCAGACCAGAGAAGUCGCAGAGCUCAAUGGCGAAGCGGUGGCAGAGGAACUCACUGCGGAACAGCUGGAAGAGCUCACGCUGGGUGUAGAUGCGGAUGAGCCUAGGAAGAGUAAUGACGAUACAGCGGCACAGGAAGAGCAAGAUGAGGCGGCCGCCACCUCUGCUGGGCUAGGAAAGAAGCGCAACCGUCAGAAGGACAGGCUGGCGAGACGCGCUGCUGAGCAGGAAGAACUCGCCCGCCAGGCCGCACGAGAGGCGGACAAUAUGCCGGACAUGAAGGAACAGGAGCGACAGCGCAUGCUCGAGGCCAUGAAAGAGCAUAAGCUCAGCGAGAAAGAGAUCCGCGCCGAUGGACAUUGCCUGUAUUCCGCCUUCGCCGACCAGCUGGAGCAAUUGGGUCUGCCGCUGGGCACAUCUUCGCAUGAAAAGCCUUCACUCCCAUACAAGGCGGUCCGUGCGAAAGCUGCCGAUUAUAUUGAGCAGCACCAGGAUGACUUUGUGCCUUUUCUCGAAGAACCACUGCCCGACUACAUUCACAAAGUACGCAACACUGGCGAAUGGGGUGGUCAGCUAGAGCUGCUUGCGCUCGCAAAGACGUAUGGCACAAACAUCAAUGUGUUGCAAGACUUCGGGCGGCUUGAGAAGAUCGAAGGCAGCACCGGCAAAGACGUCAAAACUGCGUGGCUUGGCUACUACAAGCAUGGCUUUGGUCUCGGCGAGCACUACAACAGCCUAAGAAAGGCACCUUGA